CACUGUGAGCGCUGCUGUCGACUGGGAGAAAUCGAGUGAGAUUUUGGCUUAGACGUCACGAAAAUUCAGACGAAGUGGCGAAAAAAUUUUUCUUCUAAAACUUUCCAUAAAAUUCACUCAUUACACACCAACUGCACGCACUGAAUUAGUAACAGAAAAGCUCGUGGAAGAACAGGAAGGAGAGUGCAAGUGUGAUUUAGCGUGGGAGAUGCCAGUGGAAGAAACCUGAGGAGCAGAAUCCACAGAUUGUUAAUUGACUGCUGAGAAUAGCGCUAUGGGAUGGGGCAAAAUACCUGCCCUUGCUCUCGUGGAAGUUUAUCGCUACCUUGAGCCCCCGGAUCGCCUCCAGGCGUCUGCCACCUGCAAGCACUGGCGCCAGACACUCUUCCAUCCAAGGUUCUUCGACAGAGCCACCUUCGUGGUGAAUCGCAGGAAUGAGGCUCGCAAUGCGUUCUACCUGCAGAAUCUGGCCCACUUCAUCAGCGCCACGUCCAUCAUCUUCGACUCCAGCAGCGCGCACGCUGUGCAGCGCGCCGCUGAGAUCCUCCUGGCCAUCUGCUCAGUGAACGAGCGCCUCGUCUCGCUCUCCCUCAGGCCCACGCAGAGCCAAUUCGCACUGCCCAGGCAGUUCACCACGGAGAACUUCCUGCACAGUGGCUUGAUUGAGCCGAUCAAGAGCCUCCUGGGCAGACGCAGUCCCGCCAUUCGCCACCUCAAUCUCGGCUCGUGCGAGCGCCUCAGCAUGUACUGCCCCGAGUUCCUGCGCGCCCUGGCGUGCCCCCAGGAGCUGCGCCUCCUCGCCAUGGCGUCCGUGAAGGAGAACCCCAGCUUCUACUACGUGGGCAAUCUGGAGGCCAGUCUGUUCGACAAGUGCUCCAAUCUGCGCCUCCUCUCCAUCGACUACGAUUUCCUCAGCGAUGAACUCCUGCGCGUGCUUCAGCUGCUUCACCUCGAGCGCAUCGUGCUCCACAUUCAUGCAUUCGACAAGACCCAGAGUGGCUCAUCCGAUGACGCUUGGCGCAGCUUCCAGGAUCACAGUCCACAGACUGAGCUGCGAAUCAAUCUCAUAAAAGCUUCUGAGGCAGUAAAAUACCUCCACAGCCACAUUCUGCACGAGAGCAUGCCACUGUCGCACAUGAAGGUGUUGUUCUGCAAGCACAUGAAUCCACAGGCGGUGGAUUUCAUAUCGCAAAACUACAAUGGCAGCUUCAAGAGUCUCACGUGGAUUGACUCGUCGUAUGAUAUUCAGGAGGCGGAAUUCUAUUUCAGGACUGAUCAGGAUCCACUUGUGAUGAUGGCGUGGCGUUGCCGGAAGCUGGAGGAGAUUGUGGUGCACGGAUAUCUGCUGGAUGUGCACAAUCUGGUGGGAAUUGCGAGAUUGAGGGGUAAGGAUUUGAAGAGAUUCGAAGUGGCCAAGUUCGAUCUGCUGCCCAAUCCUCUCCUAGUGUCAUUUCUCAAUGAGAUCAAUCGUCUGAUGGUCGGUGAGUGGCAUCCGAAGAAGGACAAGGAGCUGCCAGCGGCUCUCUCAAGCUGUAGUUACCCGAGCGAGUGUGCACGUGACAAGUACAUAAUGGAGUUGACUCAGAAGGACAUUGCGGACUUCAACUGAACACACACUCAAUCAAGCACACUCUGCAAACAGAACUAAGUCGACUUGCUGCCACUUAAUUUGUAUUUUAGAUCACCAAUCAGUGGACAGUGCGUAGAAGAAGAGUUACUGCAAUUGCAAAGAAAAAAAGAAAACCAUUCAACUCAAAGAUGACAACAGCUGUGCAGUGAGGUAAUUAAUUUGUGUAGAGAAUUCCUGUCAGAUUUAUAUAUUGUUUUAUCAUGAAUUAUUAUAUUUUGUGUAUCUCUAUUGAGAACGAAGAGUGAUUGUGCUUUUUGUCAGCGCUUAAGGACAAAGAUUUUUAAAAACAGAAGAGCGAAAGAUCUUUAUGAAACAAUGUGAUACAAUCUCUAUAGAAAAAAAACAUGAUUAAGAUGUGAGAGAGAUGCAAAAAGGAGCAAAACAAACUGCUGAUCAGAUGAAGAGAAAGAGAGAGAAUUUUAUUAUUGAUGAAGAAAAGUUGUAUUGGGAAUCUUAAUAGGAAUUAACGAAGAUGAAGGAGAAGAGAAAAAAACCUACCAUGAACGAAUAUUUACUAGUGAAAAGAAGUGCGAAAUCACAGCUGAUGAAUUACGUGUUUAAAAUCAACGUACAAAUAUUAUAUCUUUGAGAAAAAGAGAGAGAGAGAAAAGAAGAAGGGAAGCAGAAGAGGAGUUUUGCCUAAACAUCCAAAUGAUGAAAAGUCGACAAGUUUAAUCUUUGAAAAAUUUUUAAGUAAUAUAUAAAUCAAAUUGUUCUGAUAAAUCAGCGUCUCUGGACUCCUUAAGUAGUACUUUUUGAAAUACUUGUAGGCAAAGACAAUUUAUUAUCUACACAUAUUUAAAAUAAUAGUGAUUGUGUGUCCUUAACACCAAUUGAGGAACGUUCUUUCAAUGCCAGAAUUAUGCUGAAGGAUUAUUUUUGGUGUUUUAUUGUUCUUUUUGGAAAUUUCUAUUUGUGAUGAGAACUUGAAUUUUAGUCUCAAUAAUCUGUUUCAUUCUAAUGCAAUAUGAAUUGUUUUUUUUCGAUGUAGAUUAACACCCUUGCCAUUGCUUAAUAUUGUUUUUUUACAGACGCGCAACAGACGUGAAAAUUUCGAUAUUGAAAUGAUAAUUUUUUUUGGAAAAAAUAUACAUAUUAUUGAUUUAAUUUGGGGGAAAAAAUAAAUAGAUUGCAUGUGCAGGAAAAAAACUAUAAAAAUACAUAUAUAUUUAAUAUAAUAAAUAAAUUUAACAAGAGUAUUGUAAUGUAUAAUCGUAAAAAAACACAUAAUAUAUUAUUGAUAUGAUGACAUUAAAAAAGAAGAAAAGGAGGAAAAACUUAGCUAAAUCGCAAGAACAUCAGGAAGAAAUGAUGAGAAAAAUUGAUUUGAAAUCAAAAGAAAACAAAAAAGGUCGAAAGAAAAUGUCUCCAAAAAAAAGACGCAAUUUAAAAACUUUUUAGAGAGAAGAUUUGAUCUAAUUUAGUAAUUCCAUUUUAUCUUAAACUAUUUGUAUGAGGAGAAGAGAAAGAAAAAAGCAAGAGGUUAGAAAAAAAAUCAGAAAAUAAGAUAUUGCAAAAGAGGAAAACGUGUGAUAAUAUUUUGUAUUUAAUAUGAAUCAUUUACAAAUGAUUAUAUUAUAUUCAUUAAAAAGAAAGAAAAAAAUAUAGCACCAUAAUUUUUGUCAUGCAACUUAUUAGGAAUUUAAUAGUGAAAUUGCCGUUUUUCCAAAAAGAGAAAAAGAGAGAGAAAGAAAACAACUCAAAAACUCAAAUGAUAAAAAAAUGGUUUAAUGUGAAAAUGGGAGAAAUACUUUGAAGUUUAAUAACAACAACAAAAAAUGAAGAAUCUUUAGAUGCGAACGAAGAAAGGUGUAUUUGAAUAAGAAGGAGUAGAAAAAAACAGUUGCGUGAAGAGCUGUUAAGGGUCGUCUAAACAACUCUCUAGUCACCACCACUUCCAGGUUUUCCAUCGAGUCAUUAAUAAGAAGAAUUGUGUGAAAUGCAAGGUGAAAGAAGACGUAGAAUAAGGAAACAAUGAAGGGAAUUGUAUAAUGAUAUCAAGUGCCAAAAAAAAUACAAGAAAACAUAACAAGAGUGAAUUCUGCAAGUGAAGAAGAAGAAAGAACACAACAACACAAAUGUUUUUAUGAAUGUGAAAAUGCGAGGUGUGUUUUACUAAGAAAAAAAAAAUACUGUGAAGAGGAAGAAGAAUAUUAAACAACAACUUAGAGGGAAAAAGCAAAUUAUAUGAAAAACAAGAAACUAAAAGCCUGAUGUGAUAGCAAGUAACAAAAAAUGAAUUUGCGAUGAAGUAACAACUAGAAGAAUAAACUAUAUAUUUAUAACGAAAAGUGAAUAGACAAAGUUAAGAGCAAGUUUAAUAACAUCAAGACAAUUAGAAACAUUUAAAAAUAGAGAAAAAAAAAUAUGUGUAAAAUCUUACAAAAAGACCAAGAUUCAAACGACCAAAAUUCCAUUUCAAAUGAAGAGCACAAAAUGGAAAAAAGGCAAAUUUUUCCGUUUUCAACAGCCAAAAACAUGUUUAACAUAAAAGAUGAUUUAUUUGUUUUGCAUUUUACUUUGAAAAUUAUAACAAUAUAAGAAAACUUUGCGGUCGUUUUCCAAUCAAUCACAAUUUGUAAGUUUUACAUAAGAAACAUUUAUCGUAAAUAGGAAGAGAUUUAUCUUUAAGGGUUGAAGUGAAGAAAAAAAAAGCGAAGGAAUGCCAGAAAUCCUUUCAGCAAAGAGAGAAAGAGAGAGAGAAAUAAAGUAAAAUAUACCUUAAGAAAACUUAAUAUCCUACGAAAAAAAUACGCCUUGGCAUGGAAUGCAAAUAAAAAGUAUGACAAGACAAAGUAAGAUCGCUAAUAUCAAUUAAAGGAGAAAAAAAAUGCACUGAUGAAUUAAAACAAGAAACAUUCUAUGAUGGCACUGAAAGUGCGUCUAUUUGUAACAACAAGAAACAAGCCUGUGUUAGGAAAGAUCCAAAUAUAGAAUUCACCAUAUAUAAGAAGAUGAAAAAAAAAACCUUUUUCAGCAAGAAGAUUGCGUUGAGAAGAUUUAGUAAUGAAGAGAGCGU